AUGACCAUAUCUCCAAUCCCCGGUCUCUUAUUCGUCUAUGAUCAACCCCCCCACAGCAUUUACGUGCUCCCAUUCGUCAUCUCUGCAGCAGCCCUCUGCUAUUUUAUUGGCCUCAUAGUCUUUAACCUCUGGUUCCAUCCCCUGGCCAGGUUUCCGGGACCACUAUUGGCUAGGUCGACCUUGCUAUGGCGAAUGCGAAUGACCUUGAAAGGCAGAAUCCACCGAUCCAUAGAGGCUGGGCACCAGAAAUACGGCCCCGUUCUUAGAGUAGCUCCAAACGAGCUCUCAUUUGCCUCUGUGUCCUCAUGGAAGUCAAUAUACGGCCACCGGCCAGGGGGCAUGAUUCCAACAAAAAGUGAAUUCUACGAUAUGUACGGGUCGGGGUUUAACUCGCUCUGCAUUGGAAGUGAGAGAGAUCCAGAGAAGCACCGGCAGAUGAAGUCAUUUCUGUCUGCUGCAUUUUCGACGAAAGCCCUUUUGGAGCAGGAGCCACUUGUCUCUCAGACCGUUGAUGCUUUCAUCACGCGACUUGGCAACGACGGUGGUUCCGAGACAAAAGGCCUGGACAUGACUAAGUGGACAGAAAUGGUAGCGUUUGACAUACUCGGAGAGAUGGCCUUUGGGCAAUCUUUCGAGUGCAUCAUCCGAGGUGAGCCUCACUACUGGCAGGAAAUGAUUCUCAAACAUCUUUACUUUAUCACCGUUGCGGACAAUUUGCGGCGCCUGCCAUUUGCACUGACAUUGGCAAGAUUCUUGGCACCUGUUCUGACUGCGGUGCGAAAUAAGCACUCUCAAUUCACCAGAGACAAAGUUGCCGAGCGCAUGACCAACAAGAAUCUUCGGAAAGACUUCAUGUCCAAUCUAAUUUCAAAGGUUGAGUCCGGCGAAGUUGAUCGCGAGGAGAUGACAGCUCAUGCAUCCACUCUCAUCAUUGCUGGAGGCGAAACUGUCGCAACUUUCUUGGCAGCUACAGUGUACUACCUACUCAAGACUCCGGAGGUAUACAAAGCUAUGCGUGAAGAAAUCAGAAACCGCUUCCCUACCUAUGAGUCAAUCAAUGCGACCUCUGCACAGCAGUUGCCAUAUCUACAGGCGGUUAUCAAUGAAGGGCUCAGAAUCUAUCCCCCUGGCUCACAGGGUUUCCCGAGACUAUCACCAGGUCUCGCAAUCGAUGGGGAAUGGAUACCGGAAGGUACUGAGAUCUAUACCAGCGCAUGGACUGUGACGCACAAUCCCCAAAUGUUCAAAGACCCGAUGAAAUUCGAUCCAAACAGAUGGCUGAAUGAGAAGUCGACCGAUAUCAAAGAAUCAUCUCAGCCUUUCAGCUUGGGUCCUCGAGGAUGCCUAGGGCGAAAUUUUGCACUUAUGGAGCUAAAUUUGAUCCUUUCGAAACUUUGCUGGAAAUAUGAUAUGGAGCUGAUGGAUCAGUCUCUGGAUUGGGAAGGACAAAGCAAGGUCCAUGUCAUGUGGGACAAGCCUGCCCUGACUGUCAGAUUUCACUCUGUGGACGGUAGCACACUCAAGGCAUAG